AUGCCGGACUCUUCGCGCACGUUGGGUGAUAUCGAGGAUAUCGAUGGUGCGGAGCUGAAGGAGCAGCUCAAGCACUGGGUCGAACAGGAGGGCAUCGAAGCGAACAUUCAGCUGCAAAUGAAGAAGAAUUUAAUCGACAAAAUGAGCCGUACGUCGCUGGGUCGUAAAAUAGCGCUGAAACUGCAGACUCAGCAGGGCAUCGUGCUUUCGCCACUGGUCCUGGUGCUCAACACGUUGGUGGCUGAAUUUUUGUACACUCAAAACUGCCACUUUUCGCUGUCGAUCUUCACGAACGAGGUCCCGUUCAAGAACACGCUGCCCGAUUUUACCCGGUCGCCCCGAUUCCGGCUCGACCAAGCGGAACUGGGCGAGAUAUUCGAAGCCCUCGGUAUCGACCACUAUGGCGGACUGGUGGAAAAGUACGAGCGAAUGGGCACAACCCAGGGAAGCCACUCGCUCCUGUACAUCGUGUUCAAAUCGAUUCUGUGCUCCGUGAAGUCGCAGGAAGCGAAACUACGUCGGCUACAGCGCACAACACGCCAGCAAACGAAUGCCCGGGCGCUGCUGAAACAGCUGGAGGUAGAAAAACUGCACCGGAACGUGGCGAAGCUGUUGCAUCGUGUGAAAGCAGUCGGAAAGGGUAUCACACAGCUGGAGGAAAGCCACCGAGCAGGAGCCGCCACCGGAAACCCAUCGGCACCCGACCCAUUAAGCAAACCGGCCGAUGAGGAUGGCGUAUCACUUCGCGUGUGCUCGGAAAACGUUUCCCGUUUGGUGGAACGGUUGGAAUCGUGCACGAAGCUGUUCGAACAGCUGAUCGUUACGCUCAACGCCGGAGGCAAGCCUACCGACGACGGCGAGCUACGAGAAGACACCGGGGAGCAGAUCCCAGACUCCGGGCCGAAAAGUUACACGGAUUUUCUGCGUGAACUGAAAACGACCGAACAUGGUAAAAAGUACGUGGCGAAGCUGCAGAAGCAAAUUAUGAAAUUGCUCGACAAAGAGAGGGCAGUGUUGGAGGCAAAGUACACCAAAAAGGUGCACCGGCUGGAGCUGGAGCAUAAGGAGAAGCUGGAAAAAAUCUUCUCCGCCAAGCAGGGAGAACGGCAAGAGCCAUCACUUCCAGCAGAGGAUGACGGCCAAAGUCGCCAUUUCAUGCGAAAGAUUGAUGAAAAGCUCGAUCAACUGCACCAGCAGGAGCGAAACGUAGACAGUAAGUUGGCCAACCUGCGAAGUGACCUGCAGAAGCAAGAGCAACGGCAAAGCCGCUACUUUGAGUCACUGAAAGAGGCGAAAACUAAGGAAAGCAAAUUGAUGGUGCUGCAGAACGUGGAACGCGAACUGUUGGCCACGUUCGAGGACGAAACGAAUGACAUAAUCCAGAAUGCCAAAGCAACCAUCGAACAGCUCGAGAAGGAAAGCGACAAAAUCAACCACUCGUUCCAGCGGUACCUGCAAAAGCAGCGCGAGGACAAACGCAAGCUAGUCGAGGAGAAGGUCCUGAUUUGGACGCGAUAUAACGACGAAAAGUUAGAACUAAACCAACGGGAACUGCUCAACGGGAGCGCUGCAGAAGGCGGGCGGCAACCAAGCAGACCCGUUACCGCAUCCGGUUUGCCAGACGUCCCGAUGAACCUCCACGAGUCCACCGAUGCAACCGAUGGCUUCACGGUAGCCCACCGUUUUGACAAUCCAUUCCAAUCGUUCGAUCCUGUCCGAUACCUCAGACAGGCCCGUCCGAUCGAGCAUCAGUCGACGACGCUAGUCGACGUUGCUAUCGGUACAACGGCGGACACGGCACAGCAGACAUCGUCGCACACUGAGCAAUCUCAGCCCCACGAACGUCCCAUCCCGGCUGCACGCGGCAUCAACGAAGGCGUCAGACUUAGUGAAGCCCUGGCGAAGGAUACGCAAAAUUUGCGUCAAAGCAUUGAAGAAAACCUGCAAAAACUGGGCGACAUGAGCAAAACGUACACAAAGUCGGAGGCCUCCUCCGUGCGUAGCUUCAACACCAAGGAGCCGGGAGCUAUUCGGCAAGGGGCGCAUCAAGCAAUGCCUACCGUUGAGCCAUCCUCCAACAGAAGCCUGGACGAUUGUUCCAGCAUCGAGAACGGUCUAUCGGAGGGGGAAGUAAUUGUUUCGCACGAGCACGACGGCAACCGAUCGCCGGCACUGGAUACUACGCGCGACUUGCUGGAGUACACGGUUCGCGCUCAGGUGCUCAGUGAACGAGCGGAUGAUGUGGCCACUACCGAGCGAAAAUUACCGUUCGUGGGGGCCGCCACAAGCUUAAGUGAACUGUCCAUCAGCACCAUCAGUAAGCUGUCGUACGAGAAGAGCCAAAGUUUGGAUCGCGCAUUGGAUCGCAUAUCCACCGGGGCCCGCUCUCGCGCUUCGGAAAACAGUUGGACUUGA